UUAAUUUGGCCAUUAAUUCCGUGGGCCUCGCGUAGGGUUCACGAAAAUGUGCUUAUAAAAAUAAAGACGUAAUUGGCGCGUAUCCAAUUCUUUUUGAAUUUGGAAUAUGAUUAAUAAUGUGAGUCAACGGGUUUGCAGCUCGAUGGGAUACGAUACGAUCGUGGUGGGCAUGGGCGCCGCCGGCAUGACGGCCGCGGCGACGCUGGCCAAGGCCGGCAGGAGGGUGCUCGGGCUGGAGGCCGACGACAGAAUCGGCGGCAGAGUCAAGACUGUGCCCUUCGGAGACGGCGUCGUCGAAGUCGGCGCUGAGUGGAUUCACGGAAGCAGUCACAAUAGGAUAUACGAACUGGCUACCGAAAACAACAUCCCGAUUGUGGAGCAAGACUUCAAAUCUGGCGUUUACAUGUCGGAUGGGAGCUUGACGGAUGCGGAGCUGAUGAACGAGCUCAUGGACUACUGCUACGCAUGCUCCGAAGACCCGCCUGUAACUCCAAUGCCACUUGGAAAGAGCAUCGCUGAACGCUUCACGGAGUACACACAGAAGAAGUAUCCGGACCUCGCGAAAGACGAGGAAUUCAUGAGAGAGUUCCUGGCGAUGAACAACUGUAUCAUGAGCGGUUACCUGGCUCUGAGCGACUGGGACGACAGCACAUCGCACAGCUCGUACGCGCCGCUGGACGGCCAUCAGCACCUGAGCUGGCAUAAACACGGCUAUAACACGCUGUUCCAGAUACUUCUGAACAAAUACAACAAUGGUGCUGGGUUGCCUUCGCUGAAUAUCAAACUGCACAAAGAGGUGAUGCAGAUACAAUGGCCAAAAGAUUCGAGUGGUGACGUUGAGGUGGUGUGCAAAGACGGGGAGAGAUUCACCACUGACACCGUCAUCGUGACUGUCUCGCUGGGGGUGCUUAAAGAGAGACACACACACAUGUUUCUGCCAAGCCUACCAAAAGAAAAGGUGGACCUAAUAAAUUCGAUGUCUAUUGGAGUUCUUGGCAAGAUUAUCCUGGAAUUCGAGACUCCAUGGUGGAACGAUUCACCCUUUACCUCCCUAAUUUUUAUGUGGAGAUCAGAGGACAGGAAGAAAGUUAGCGAAGAGGAUUUGUGGGUUACGAAAAUAUUCGGAUGCAGCGUGCCUAUUGGAUCCAAGAAUGCUUUUACAGUAUGGACAAGUGGGGAUGUUGCGAAAUUGGUGGAAACACUUCCAGAGGAGGUGGUGACGAAAAAGACCAUGGAGCUGCUGCGGCGGUUUAUGGGAAAGCAGUUCUCGAUACCCGAACCAAAAAGAACGUUAAUAACCAAGUGGCACUCGAAUCCGUAUACGCGGGGAAGUUAUACGUAUGACAACUUGCUGACGCCCCAACAACCAAACGCGAGGACUAUCUUAGGGGAACCGUUGUUAGAUGCUUUCGGAAGAGCAAGAGUGCUGUUCGCCGGAGAAGCCACCAACCAAACCCACUUCUCUACCGUGCACGGAGCCAGCGAGACUGGAUACAGAGAAGCUAUGAAAACAUUAAACGCUUCUUACUAUAAGAUGGUAUCACAAUGCUGAAUGUGAAAAAGAGUACUACAAGGUCUAAUAUUUGGCUUAGU